CUGCUAGAUUUGAAGAGAAGAAAACAAUACAUACUGGGGGAAAGGGAAAGGGAAAGGGAAAUUAACCAGUGAAAGAGAUGGUGAACCUUGUGGCAGCACAGAAGCCAUUGUUGCAUGGGCUCAUGAAGAUGGCUGGGGUGCAACCCUACACAGUAGAGAUCGAGCCAGGCACCGUCAUGAACUUUUGGGUUCCAUGUGAAACCUUGAAGAAACCGAAAAAGGGCGAAAAGAAUAUUCAAGAGCUGAACAAACCAACCAAACCAGUUGUUGUUCUUGUACAUGGUUUUGCUGCUGAAGGUAUUGUCACUUGGCAAUUCCAAAUAGGUGCCUUAACUAAAAAAUACUCCGUUUAUGUCCCUGACCUUCUCUUCUUUGGGGGCUCCAGCACAGAUAAUGCCGAUCGGUCACCGGCUUUUCAGGCCCAAAAUUUGGCUAAAGGUUUAGCAAAACUUGGGAUAUAUAAGUGUAUCGCAGUGGGGUUUAGUUAUGGUGGCAUGGUUGCGUUUAAGUUGGCUGGGUUGUAUCCGAGUUUGGUUGAGAGCAUGGUGGUGUCUGGUUCGAUCCUGGCCAUGACUGAUUCUAUAACUGAUGAAACAGUAAGCAGACUUGGGUUCUCUUCAUCUUCAGAGUUAUUGUUGCCGAAUUCGGUUAAGGGUUUAAAAGCUCUUCUCUCUGUUGCUGUUCACAAGAAGCUCUGGUUCCCUGAUCGCCUUCAUAAAGAUUAUCUUGAGGUGAUGUUCACCAAUAGGAAGGAGAGGUCUGAACUCCUGGAUGCUUUGGUGAUAAGUAACAAAGACCCCAUCGUCCCAAAAUUUCCACAGAAAAUACAUCUCCUAUGGGGUGAGAAAGAUCAAAUAUUCAAUCUAGAGCUAGCCCACAACAUGAAAGAGCAAUUAGGAGAGAAUGCAACAUUUCAGGGCAUAAAGAAUGCAGGUCAUUUGGUUCACUUAGAGCGACCUUGCGUCUACAAUAGGUAUCUCAAGCAGUUUCUUGCUUCUCUACAUGCAGAAGGAUCCCAAAAGUGAAAACUCACACCAUCUUUCUGAAUGAUCCUCUCCGACUGUUUCUUUUAUUCAGCAUUAUUGUUUGUGUUCUGUAACAUUCCUCAGUGUUCUCCAGUAGAAUGAAGAAACCUUUUAUUCAAUAUACUGGAUGAAAAAAAUAAUAU